CCUGGGUUAUUUCCUAGUUUGGGAAGAGUACAAUCUAAUAAUGUAACCAUAGCCGCCACUAUCGCCUAUAGCCCUCUCACUCUCUCAGCGCCUCCACUCUCGCCUCUCACUUUCUCCUUCUUCCCAAAUCCCAGUCUUCCGUUCGCUGCAGAGUACAGUCUGUACAGACGACCCUAACACUUUCGUUUCAGUCACUUGUAAACAAAAUUCGUCGGCUCCAUACAGCUUCUGUACUUCAUCGGAGAAGUUUUGUUUUUUUUUUUUUUAGCAAAAAUGCCAAUUUCUCUUGCUUACUUUACUGUAAGAAUACCGUGCCACCAAUUUAGCCUCAACGCCAGAUCUUCCCGCUCACCGCCUGUCUCCCUCGUAGCGAACACCCUCAAAGUCUUCGAUUCCGCAGCUUUACCUCGCAGGCUUUUUCCCUCAGCUAUCUCGGUUGAUUUCCCAUGCCCAAGAACUUUUAAAGUGCGGGUCCAUGACAAAGAAUCAGUCUUGAAGGAUGAUGCGCCUGAAGAAGAAGAAGAAAAAGGACACAGAGGCAAUGACGGGCCGCAAUUGACUUGCGUGAUGAAAUUCGGCGGGUCGUCGGUUGCGUCUGCUGAGCGGAUGCGAGAGGUUGCUGACUUGAUCCUCAGCUUUCCGGAGGAAAGGCCUGUCAUUGUUCUCUCUGCUAUGGGAAAGACCACCAAUAACCUAUUGCUUGCAGGAGAGAAGGCUUUGAGUUGUGGUGUAUCAAAUGUAUCAGAAAUUGAAGAGUUCACCUCUCUAAAGGAACUUCAUCUCAGGACAAUUCAAGAACUUGGACUGGAUGUUUCUAUAAUUUCUGAACAUUUGGAAAAACUGGACCAGCUUUUGAAUGGGAUAGCUAUGGUGAAAGAGUUGACUCUUCGCACUAAAGACAAAUUAGUGUCUUUUGGGGAGCGCUUGUCCACCAGGAUUUUUGCUGCUUAUUUGAACAAGCUUGGGGCCAAAGCACAGCAAUAUGAUGCAUUCGACAUCGGGUUUAUUACAACAGAUGACUUCACAAAUGCAGAUAUAUUGGAGGCUACUUAUCCUGCAGUUGCUAAGAAAUUAUACAGCGCUUGGGUCAGAGAUCAUGCAAUUCCUGUUGUUACUGGCUUCCUUGGAAAGGGGUUUAAAUCUUGUGAAAUUACAACUUUGGGUAGGGGUGGUAGUGACUUGACUGCAACAACAAUUGGCAGAGCUUUGGGCUUGCGGGAGAUUCAGGUUUGGAAAGACGUUGAUGGUGUUCUAACUUGUGAUCCUACUAUUCACCCUCGUGCAAAACCUGUGCCUCAUUUGACCUUUGAGGAGGCAACUGAACUCGCAUAUUUUGGUGCUCAGGUUCUGCAUCCACAAUCUAUGCGACCUGCUAGAGAGGGUGAUAUUCCUGUCAGGGUUAAGAAUUCUUAUAAUCCAAGAGCUCCUGGUACUAUCAUAACUAAAAACAGAGAUAUGAGCGAGGUCUUAUUGACCAGUAUAGUCCUGAAGCAAAACGUAACCAUGCUAGAUAUAGUUAGUACUCGCAUGCUUGGUCAAUUUGGAUUCCUCGCAAAGGUUUUUUCAACGUUUGAAGAUUUGGGUAUUUCUGUUGAUGUUGUUGCGACUAGUGAAGUCAGUAUAUCUGUGACACUGGAUCCAUCAAAAAUCUGGAGCAGAGAACUGAUUCGGCAGGAACUUGAUCAUGUUGUUGAAGAGCUUGGUAAAAUUGCAGUAGUAAAUCUUUUGCCAAACAAAUCGAUAAUCUCCCUUAUUGGAAAUGUCCAGUGUUCUUCGUUUAUAUUGGAGAAGGCUUUCAGAGUUUUCCGAACUAAUGAUGUGAAUGUGCAGAUGAUCUCACAGGGAGCGUCCAAGGUGAAUAUUUCAUUGAUAGUAAAUGAUAGCGAAGCAGAACAAUGUGUGAAAGCCCUUCAUCAUUCCUUCUUUGAGAGUGAGGAAUCUGGGAUGAAUAUGGAUGCUGCAAGUUUUAGCAAUGGUACGGUGGUGCAAUCGCCACUAAACACCUGAUUUUGCCCCUACUUCUUACUAUUAUGCCAUUGUAUUGUAACCUUUCCCACAUGCUAUGGAUUGAUUGAUUAUAUUGUAUUGUAUUUUGGAAAGGAAAAUCGGAGGUGUAUGUAACAUUACUCUUUUAGAAAUUGUAAUGGCGGCACCAUUUUUGCUGAAGUUGAUUUCUGUUUCACCAAUCACA